AGCAUUGAAGCUACUUCUGUUUCCGUUUAAAGGUUCACUGUCAACGACGCGCCAUCUCAGGACAAGGCGUCCAUUAUUACAGCAGCAACAAUUCAAAACCCCCAAGUUCACUCACAGGAGCUUCCGAGGCGACAAAACAACGUUAUAUUCGUUCAGUGUUGUUUUCUGCUCGAGGACAACUCGAAGAAUAAAGCGCUUCUUCUACUUAGCUAAUCGUUAGCUAGCUGUUAGCCUGUGACGUUGUUAGCUAAAACAACUUAGCUGCAGAGGAAUUUCACAGCCUGUUUAUGUUUUCGCCACUUCCAAGACAUGUUGGACGGAUCUCCGGCUCACAGCGAUGAGGCCAACAUCGGCAACGUCGAAAACAACAACCCAGUCAUUUCCAGCAGCGACGGGAUGAACAAAACAAAGCAGGUGCUGCUGAAGAAAGGAGGCAGGAAGCUGCGGACGACGACGACGACGGCGCCUCUGCAUCACCAUAAACCGCCGAGGAACUGCCCCAAUGUCCGCCUGUCAGACCACAACAACAACACCCUGACGGCCUCAUCCGUCAACAAACCCGCCGCCCUGCCCGGUACCGAGCACCCUGCCGGUACACAGACCGUACUGACUCUCCAUCAUCUCAGACAGGGAGCCAAGAAGGAGCUGCUGAAAUCCAAAGGGGGCAGAUCAGAGCGAGGUGCCACGCAGCCAGGAGGCCAACCUGCCCGAAACCUGCCCAGACACGAUCAGAUCACCCAGAAUGUGAAUGCUCGGAGCCACAAGCCCAAGCAGAGCCAAACAUCCGGCGCUUCUCACUCCUCAAAGAAGAAAGACAACAGCAGCCCCAACAAGCCCUCGUCUCUGUCCCAGCCUCCACACCGAGAGCAGAAAAAACCCCUCCACGCCUCAAACAACGUCAAGAUCGUGAACACUCCUCCUGCUUCUGAAGCCGUGCCCGAAUACCUCAAAGAUGCCGAGAAGGUCUACGCUGGAGCCAAGUUCAGCGAGCCGCCCUCACCCAGUGUCUUACCCAAACCGCCCAGUCACUGGGUCGGAGAAAACGAGCCACAACAGAGCAGCCAAAGCAGGGAGCAAAUGUCUGUUCAUUUAAAGUCGCUGCUGAAGGUUCAGGAUCAAUCAUGACCGCUCUGGAGCGCCAAUAAUCUGAUCUCUCCAUCAUGUGAUCGCCAAUUAUUGCCAUCAAUUAGAAAAUCAAAAUUUAAAUUUUAAAAGGAAAAUGAAAUGGAGCUUUUAACACACUGCAAUACAAUGUAGGGAGUUUUAACUCACUGUAAUACAAUUCCCAUUAGCCAACACGCUGCCUGCAUUUGUGAACAUUUCAGACACGUUGCGUUGCUGCUGGAAAUCUGACUGACAUGCCGUGUAUGUCAGGCGUUUAUCAGAUACUUCAGGGAUUCUUGUGAGCAGACGAAAGAAGGAAAAUAAUGUUUUAGUUGUUGAAUUUGUGAGCUAGAAAAGUGUGUGGGAGUCUGAGGUCGUCUCCAGCAGCAACACAGUCAGUGCCUGAAGUUCCCAUUAUGCAAAGUGAUGACAGCACUUUCUUUGUGAACACUUUUGAAAAGGCAGCCCUGUGUUCGACUUUUUAAGCUUGCGUAAAUGUACAUAAUAUAUUGUAAACAUAUAUUUGUGUAUAUUUUCUUGUUAUUUUAACUGAGAUUCUAGUUUUGUUACUGAGGAUUUUCCAAAAAAGCAAAAAAAAAAAAAAAAGUCCCCUGCAAACUGAGGCACUUUUGUUACAGCUCCUUCAGUGUGAGGCACAGUGGAUGUAAGAAAGACUUUUCUUACUCAUUUACACUUACAACUAAAACAGGGAAGGGCAGGACACCUAACUUUGACGUUCCAAAGCUUGACCAGCCACUUUGAUGAACCCACCAGCCAGCUUAGAGCACAGGAGAGGACUUGCAGGUCCUGGCUGGUUCCCUUUCAAAAUGGAUCGGAUCGCGGACAAAUCAAAAAACAAAAGCCAUGGCCCAAAGUUCCCAGCUGCUGGCUGAAGUUCUCUCCCUUCCCUGAACACGGGUCCAGCCUUUGGAAAGUCGAGAUUCAUGUCAGCGACUCGUGAAGCUGACGAGGCUGUUUGGAGCCUCAGUGAACUGAAGAGAAGAUGACAAUGUGAAAGUCUCACUACCAGCUGCUGCACAAAGCCAGUAUCCAGCAUCCAGACCGAGUGCUUUUUCUGUUUAUUGCACUGAUGUAGAGUACGUCCACAUGAAGCUGACUAAAUUCAAGCCCUUGUCUUUCUCUUUCUGUUUCAACCCUCCAUGCACUUGUAGCUUUUCUAAAACGCCAUCCAGAGUGUGUCUGCCCAGUCACACUGAGGUCCUUGUGAUACUUUUCUACUGCUUCUAAUGUCCUCUGUGUUGUUUUAAAUGUCAUUUUGGCCGCUCACCCAGCUCUUACAUUGUCCAAACGCUCAUAGUACUAUACUCUGAUGGACGACUUUGCAGGCUGGUGAGCUUCAUGCUGCUGUGUUCAUGUGUUUGAGAUACUCUGGUGCUACCUCCUCCUCCAGCAUCCUCCUGUAAGCCCUGAUCUCCAAAUCCAGCCAACCAGACGUCCAGCAGGUUCUCCUAGUAAAAUGUCCAAUGUCACGAUUCAAGCAAGUUGAUUAAGUAAGUGAUCGACAGAGAAUGAUCUAUUAAGUUUUUUAGUCAUCAUCGAAGAAAGAGAAGUCAACAUUUACCAGUUCUACUUUUUUUUUCUGCUUUAUUUUAUUGUAAUUCAGGCAAAACAAGACAUUUCAUUUGUCACUUUUGGAUUGGGGAAAUUGUAAUUAGCAUAUUAAACUAUUAUCUGAUACUUUAUAGAAUGUUAUGAGUUAACUGUAGUGAAAUAAUCGUAGCUUUAGUCACGGCUCAGAUAAAUUCCUGGAUCAUCCCUGCAGCUAAGCAUCAUGGGAAUGACUAAUGAGGUAUGUAUGGACUUGUUCUGUGAUCUGGUGGCAGAAACAGAUAAACACAGAGGCGGGUCAGAACAGGAUAAACCAGCUGAGACUCUUACUAGUUUUUUUUUGUUUGUUUUUUUUGGCUGAAUGAAAAAGAGCAAAGCAAGUGGGAAAGAGUUUAGGGUGCUUUUUAGUGAGCAGGUGUUUGAGCGCCAGUGGAGAUCGAUAAAAAGACAAACGCUGCUGGAAACCAACUUUAUUUUUGUAUUAACUUUUCACCAAUAAGGACAGCUUCAUGUGGACGUAGUCUUACCUUGUCUGUAUAUGAUUUUUUUUUGUAAAGGGGACUUGUUUUCACACAUUUUCAUUUCAUGUACCUCUUCUUUAUCUUCUCAUUUUUCUCUCUUUAACGCACUUGAAUGUUUACCAGGAGUUCAGUACGUGUUGAAUUUGACACACAUCCUCUUGUGAUUAUGUACCACAUGUGUUGUUGUUUUUUUCUACUUUAAUGGUUUUCGUGGAUGCAGGCAGCUGCUGGAUCUCGUUUCUUGACCUCUGUGACGUCACUCGAAUGGAGAAUUGUAUUAAUGUAGCGAAGACUGCCCCCUUUAUUGCAGUGUUUUAAAAAUGUUUCCAUUCCAGUCACCAGAAUAUGCUUAACACAUCUCCAUGCCACAAUUUGGAAAAAAAGAUCAUUUAUUUUAGAAAAGCUUUCGUAUCUAAAUUAAAAAUGAUAUUAAAACAUUGGUUCCCCCUACUAAA